AUGAAAAAUACUUCUCUCAUUGGUUUAGGUUUAAUUCUUACCAUUUUAGCCGGAUCAACUGUUUAUUUGGCCAGCUAAAACUCUAAAACUGGAGAUCUUCAAGAUACCGCCAACUGCUUAUAAGUUAGAGAUAACUUCCCUUUCCCUACUGAGUAAAAUCCUAACCCCGAAAGAACUCUUUUUGCUAUUAACCGUUGCUUUAAAACUGGCUACAAGUUCCAUAUUUCAUAUGAAGAUAUUGAAACUGGCAAAUACCUUGACGCUGACACUCCUUGUUUAUAGAAUAACGUCUAAUUCAAAUUACCUUUCAAUGUCCCCGAUCAAAUCAAAAACUCUUGGUAAACUUACUGCUAAUGA